GACUGCUCCCGAGCAAAUGACUAUGCUGAAGGACCAUUUCUGCUCAUUCUGAAUGCAAGACUUCUGAACUUCUUCAUGGCUACCAACAUAAAUAAAACCACUCCAUCAGCCAUUAUGGAGAGAGCAGAAGGUGAUGGUGGAUAUGAGGUGGGAACCCAGCAUCACUCCAAACUCUUGGUUGAGCAAGCUUGGUCUCCUCACAAGAUCAGAGAGAGCCUGGGGAGAGAUGAUGCUGAGGUGGAGCUGGAGGCCUCUGACCUGAAGGAGCUCAAUGAGUACUUCACCGCUCUUGAGAAAUCCCGUAGGAACCUGCAGCAGCUCCUGCAGGAGGAGAGAGAGGAGCAAGUGAUGGAGCUUAGGGCUCUGGAGAGGGAGCGGGUGCAAGAGAGAGCUGAGUGGGAGAGAGAGAGGGUGGAGAGAGAAGAGGCCCUGCUGUCUGCUCUGAUCUCUAUGGCCAUCAGCAGACAGAAGCUGAUGAAGGAGAUCAGGAGCCAGCCAGCUACACUGUAUUCUCCCAGCAGCAGUGCCUGUAAAGACAUGGAAGCAGAUCAGCUAAUCCUGAAGCAGCUUAUGGAGCUGGAGAGUAAGGUCAGGGAGGCUGAGGGAAAGAAACAGCUGAAAGCUCUCGCCAAGGCUGAGAAGAAGGCCAGGAAGGUAGAGAGGCGCAGUGGAAAGAACAAAGCUAAGAAAACCCAGAAGAAGGAUGACCAAGUGAAGGCCAUCAAGCCCAAGCGAUGCUGGCAUCGCUGCAUUUUAACACUGGGUUGUGUCACUUCACCUGUUGAGAACUGACCAAGCCUCUGACCAGGCUGUGAAGGAGGCUCACAUUAGAAUUCUUAUUUAUAUUCUAAAAAUACUUUUCACAGACUAUUAAUUAUUGACUAUUAAUUA